AUGCAAACAAAUCUUCCAGAUAUUGGGAAUCGUAUUUUAAAGAAUGGAAGUGAGACAAAAGUGAAGAGUCUAGAAGUGAGAUCUGAACUUGACAGGAAGAACUCGGACUUAAAUCUGACAACAAAGGAAAAAGAAAAAGUUCAGGCAGAACUAGAACAAAGCAGACAAAACCAAAAUAAUCCCUCACAACAUACGUUGAAUGAAGAUAUCAUCUCUCUAAAAGAAGAGCUGGAUAAGAAAAUGGAAAUUAAUAAAGACCUAGAGGACCAAGUGGAUUCCUUCCGAGAGGAAUUAAAUGAGACUGCGACCGAAAUAGACAACUUGAGAGGAGAACUCAGUACAACUGUCAUUAAAGCUUCCAUGCUUGACAGCUUGCAAAAGGAAUAUACUGCUUUAGCGAUAAAGUAUGAAGACCUUCAAAAUCUGAAUUCUUCAAAUGAUACUGAUACAGAGAAAUCCCUUAAGGGGGUAGAAGACCAGACUAGAUUGUUAAGAGAAGAACUCCACCAAUCAGCAACAGAGAAUGAACAAUUGAAGAAGGAAUUGAAUUUAAUCAGGGAGAAAUAUAACCAGGUCGAAAUAAUUCAAAAGGAAAAUGAUAAACUAAAGACAGAACUAGAAGUCUUGAAACGAGAUGAAAGCAAAUCUACGGAUACAAUUUCUGGUGCGGGUACAGAAACAUCAAAUAGAAUGCAAGAACUUGAAGAGGAGUUGGAGCUUAUCAAAGAACUGAAUGAGACAAUGUCCGAAAAUGAGAAGCUGAGAAGUGAAAAUGGGUCAGAUUACAAAGCAAUUUUGUUUGACAAACUUCAGCAUGAAUAUCAAAAUUUAAGACCAGAAGUAGAGUCGAUGAGGAAAAGUGGCCCAUCCAUUGUCAGUAUGGCAGAUGAUGACGCAAGAAAAGUUCUGAGAAAUCAACUCGAAGCAAGUCAAACGGAAAAUGAUCAUUUAUAA